AUGGAGUCCUCCAGCAUGGUGAUCCCAUCGGGUCAAGGACCUCUUACUUCCUCAACAGUGCCAAAUGGCUACUCGCAUUCCACGGCGGAUGAAGACGCACCGGCCGAGUUCGAUAUCACCACCAAAAGCGAACCCAAUCCGUCCGAACUCCUCGAGUCGCAUCCCGUCUCCGAGUCAUCGUCCGAAGCCGAAGCCGCAGACGACUCAUACGAGGCCGAGUCACAAGCUUCAGAUGGAGAAGAUGAAGAUGUUGUGAUGGAAAACAGUGGUGAUGAGUUCGGCCAGUCUAGCCGUGAAAAUUCUUCAGCACAAGAACCAGACCGCGGCGUCAAGCGAAAAUCGUCGCCGCCAGAUGAGGUCGAGUUCAUGCGCCAAAACCCCGAUCUGUAUGGCCUCCGUCGCAGUGGUCGCGCGCGCCAAACCCGUCAUCUUGUCGACUCGUCUGAUUCCGAUUCCGAUGUAGUCGCGCCUCGCUCUAAGCGCCGCCGCAAGGAGCCGUCCCAACAACCCUCCAAGACCUCGCGGUCGGCCACAAAUUCGUCCUUCUCUGAAACUGAUAGUGACGAAUAUGGUGGAAAGGGCGCCCGCGCAAACAAGGCACGACGGCGUCGUCUAAAGCAGGCUACAGCCACAGAACCCUCUUUUGCUGAAGUCCGCUUCUCCACGCGAAACGCCUCGAAGGUGUCCAAUUACAAUGAAGAUGAAGAUGACGGGAUCUUUGAGGAAGAUGCAGAUGAAGUCAUGGAUAACUACUGGGCGCAGAGCUACGUGGAGGACACCCGCCCUGCAGUUGAUGUCGUUCUGAACCAUCGGCUAAAGGAAGGCGUGGAUCCUAAAAACCCAGAUGUCGAUCGCCAAGACUUCGAGUUCUACAUUAAGUGGCAGGACAAGUCUCACGUUCAUGCCACCUGGGAAUCAAACGAGUCCCUCGCCAACUAUCGCAGCACGCGUCGCGUGGACAACUAUGUCCGCAAGGUGCUCAAUGAGGAGCUUCGCCUGCUCCAUGACCCUGACGCACCUCCAGAGGACCGAGAGAAGUGGAACCUCGAUCGGGAACGAGACGUUGAGGCCAUUGAAGACUACAAACACGUUGAACGCGUCAUCGGUGUCCGAGAAGGCGAGGACGGCACGACCGAGUACCUCGUCAAGUGGAAACGGUUGUUCUAUGAUUCAUGCACCUGGGAGGCCGAAGAUCUGGUCAGUGAUAUUGCUCAGAGCGAGAUCGACCGUUACAUCGACCGCUCAGCUCGCGUGCCUGUUUCCGACAAGAACGAGUCGAACCCAGCUACGCGCCGGCCGUUUGAGCGCAUUCAAUCCUCGCCAGACUUCUUGCAGAAUGGUGAACUGAAGGAUUUCCAGAUUAAAGGUCUGAAUUUCUUGGCGUUCAACUGGGUCAAAGACCGCAACGUUGUGCUGGCAGAUGAGAUGGGACUUGGAAAAACGGUACAGACAGUCUCUUUUAUCAACUGGAUGCGCCAUGUUCGGCGACAGCAAGGCCCCUUCAUUGUCAUUGUGCCGCUGUCAACCAUGCCGGCAUGGGCUGACACCUUCGAUAACUGGACGCCGGACUUGAAUUAUGUUGUCUACAAUGGCAGCGAGAAGGCGCGCUCUGUACUACGCGAUUACGAGUUGAUGGUGGAUGGCAAUCCCAAGCGGCCAAAGUUCCAUGUCCUUCUCACUACAUACGAAUACGCCAUGAACGACUCUCCAUUCCUGGGUCAGUUCAAGUGGCAGUUCAUGGGUGUUGACGAAGCUCAUCGUCUCAAGAACCGUGACUCGCAGCUUUACGUCAAGCUCAACGAGUGGAAGUGUCAGGCACGUCUUCUUAUCACGGGUACUCCCAUUCAGAACAAUCUGGCCGAGCUGUCUGCUCUUAUGGAUUUCCUCAAUCCCGGCAUGGUCCAUGUGGAUGUUGACAUGGAUCUUAACUCGGAGCACGCGUCACAGAAGUUGGCUGAGCUAACCAACGCCAUUCAACCAUUCAUGCUGCGCCGUACCAAAUCCAAGGUCGAGUCAGAUCUUCCUCCAAAGACGGAGAAGAUCAUUCGUGUUGAACUUUCCGAUAUUCAGCUGGAAUACUACAAGAAUAUUCUGACGAAGAACUACGCUGCCUUGAAUGAUGGUGCCAAAGGCGUGAAACAAUCAUUGUUGAACAUCAUGAUGGAACUGAAGAAAGCGAGUAAUCACCCGUUCAUGUUCCCCAAUGCAGAGGCGAGAAUUCUGGAAGGUAGCACAAGGCGAGAGGACAUCCUUCGUGCCAUGAUCACCAGCAGUGGCAAGAUGAUGCUGUUGGAUCAACUACUCCGCAAGCUCAAGACUGACGGCCAUCGUGUCCUCAUUUUCUGCCAAAUGGUCGGUAUGCUCAAUAUUCUUAGUGAAUACAUGGAGUACCGUGGCUACAAGUAUCAACGGCUCGAUGGAACCAUUCCUUCUGCUGCUCGUCGCCUGGCCAUCGAACACUUCAAUGCCCCGGAGAGUACCGAUUUCGCUUUCCUCCUCUCCACGAGAGCCGGUGGUCUUGGAAUCAACUUGAUGACCGCUGACACCGUCGUUCUCUUCGAUUCCGAUUGGAACCCUCAAGCCGACUUGCAAGCCAUGGCGCGAGCUCACCGAAUUGGGCAAACCAGACCUGUCAGUGUCUACCGACUUGUAUCCAAGGAUACUAUUGAGGAAGAAGUCAUCGAGAGAGCUCGGAACAAGCUCAUGCUGGAAUUCAUCACAAUCCAGCGUGGUGUGACCGACAAGGAAGCAUCCGAGAUGCAGAACAAGAUGGCUCGCGUGGUCAACGAACCCAACUCCACCGAAGACAUAUCUCGCAUCCUCAAACGUCGUGGCCAGAGGAUGUUCGAGCAAACUGAUAACCAGAAGAAGCUUGAGCAGCUUGAUAUUGACUCCGUUCUUGCCAACGCUGAACUGCAUCACACUGAGCAGGAGGAGUCGAUCCAGGCGGACGGUGGUGAAGAAUUCUUGAAAGCCUUUGACUUUGUCGACAUCAAGGUCGAUGAUCUCACUUGGGAUGACAUUAUCCCGCAAGAGCAGCUUGACGAGAUCAAAGCGGAAGAGAAGCGCAAGGCUGAUGAGAAAUAUCUCGCGGAGGUCAUCGAGGAAAACCGUCCCCGAAAGCGCCACGCGCCCACUGAAUCAAAAGAGACUCGCGGGGAGCGCCAAGCCAAGCGCCAGGCGAGGGCACAAGUCGCCAUGGAAGAUGAUGAAGACGAUAGCAGCUCCCUUGAUCCAAAACGUCCACUCGAGGAGAAGGAAUACCGCUCUCUUUCGCGAGCCUUCCUGCGUUACGGUGAUUGGGCAGAUUGCGAAGAGCUUAUCGUCGAGGAUGCCCGACUGCAAAAUCGAGACCGGGACACGGUUUAUGCGGCUCUCCGUGAAAUCACAGGCAAGGCCGCCUCACUCGUUCAAGAGAAUCUGGCCCAAAUGGAAGCUAUCAAGCAAUCCGGCAAGAACUUGACGAAGAAAGAACAAAAGGCUGUCCUCUUUGACCAUCACGGCGUCAAGCGCCUCAAUGCCUGGACCAUUGUCGACCGACCGCCCGAUAUGCGACUCGUGCGCAAAAUCACAAGCGCUCUGCCCGAUUUCAAGACUUUCCGUCUUCCAGAAGCUACCAAGUUGGCUGACUACAGCUGUCCAUGGGGCGCUCGUGAGGAUGGCAUGCUUCUCGUCGGUAUUGCACGCCAUGGAUUUGGUGCUUGGACUCAGAUUCGCGAUGACGUCGAUCUGGGCCUUGGUGAUAAGUUCUUCCUGGAGGAACACCGAGUGGAGCGAAAGACUCAGCGUGCUCAAGGAGAAGGGAAGACCACCAAAUCCCCUGGGGCCGUUCAUCUUGUCCGCCGCGCCGAAUAUCUGCUCUCUGUCAUGAGGAACAAGCACAGCAAUGGCAGCAAUGUCAACGCGAAAAGGGCAGUUGAAAACCACCACCGGAACAACAAGCGGACAUCGCGCGUUGGCAGUGGUAGUGUUUCUGCGUCUCCCGCUCCCUCUGCUCGCAAGGGUCACCGUGAGGCUGACCGGUCACGACCCCGCUCCUACACCCGUGAUUCUGGUGACCGGCAUCAUACUCCAAGCCAUGACCGGCACAGGUCAGGGCAGGAUGGUGACCGUCCUCGGCACCGUCCCUCCGACGCUGCCGAUGACCUUCGUCGCCGCAAGAGCCACGAGAAUGGCAGCUCAAGCAAGGAGGACAUGGCCAAGGUGUUCUUCCGGCCUAUUGUGCCGAACCUCAAGCAGGUCUCCAUGAUUACCGCGAAGAACUAUCCCAACAAGCAUGAGCGAGCUCUUAAGCUCCGCAACACGAUUGUGAAGAUUGGGAAGUUCAUUCGCAACACGCUUGAGGGGGAAGAAUCCAUGCCGUCCCUUGAGAGACGUCUAUGGGACUAUGUUUCCGCCAACUAUUGGCCCAACAAGGAGGCCAGCGGAUCCAAACUCCAGCUGAUGUUCGACAAGGUCAUGGAAGCCACCAACAAGGCCGAGAGCGAGAAGAAGGCUUCCAACGGGUCAUGA